UUCUUCUGUCGCCUUCCAGCGUCGUCCAACCUACAAAUUUGCGCCUAAUUUUCUCUUUCCUACACCACAAAGCUCCGCGACUACACCUACGUCCCGACUACAUAUUCAUAGUAUUAUUGGCCAGACUUUGCUCCGCAGCUGCAGCCCUACGGUCGCUGCUCCGCACUACCUCACCUCAUACAACCAUGGCCGACGACGCCGCAGCGUCCACCGACGAGACGCAAGUCACCUUCAACGUCAAGUCCGCAAAUGACCAGAAGCACGUCAUAACCGUGCCCGCAAGCACGACCGUCGCCGACCUCAAGGCCAAGCUUUCGACGUCAGAAUACGCAGAUAUCCCCGCCGAGCGCCAGCGGUUGAUAUACUCCGGUCGGGUGCUCAAGGACCAUGACACGCUCGCUAGCGCCAAGAUCAAGGACGGUCAUACGGUGCAUCUAGUCAAGGGCGCGGCGAGCAAUGCGCGGCAGAACCCGGCCAGCCAGGGCACUAGCAGCACGGCGAGCGGAAGCGGUGCGGCUGCGCCGCAGGUACCGACGAACAUCGCGGCGGGCACGGGGAAUAACCCUCUCGCGGGCCUGACCGGAGCGCGGUAUGCUGGCUUCCAUGGGCUGCCGGGUAUGGAUACAUUCGGUCCUGAUGGAGGGAUGGGCCCGCCGCCAAAUCCCGAAGCCCUACUAGAGAUGAUGGACAACCCCAUGUUCCUGUCGCAAAUGAACGAGGCCAUGAACAACCCCGCCGUCAUCGAGAUGAUGCAGCAGAACCCCAUGGUCCGGAACAACCCCAUGAUCUCAGAAAUGCUGCGCAAUCCGGAGAUGCGUAGAAUGAUGUUCAACCCGGAUAUGAUGCGUAUGCAACUGCAGAUGCAGCGAGCUAUGAACCAGAACCGUGGCGGAUCCAGCUUCCCGGCACCAGGCGUUACGAAUACCACACCGCAGCAGGGCUCAGAAGAACAGCAAAGCCAGCCAAAUACCGCCGGAUCAGCACCGCAACAAGAUCCAUUCGCGGCGCUUCUCGGCGGCGGAGGUGGCAUGGGAGCCAACCCUUUCGCUAGUCUACUCGGUGCAGGCGCAAAUCCGUUCGCUCCUCCACCGCAGAACCCGAACACAUCCGCGACCAGUACAUCGGGCACAGACGCAAAUGCUUCGAAUACCGGCUCAACCCCCCAGAAUGCAGAAGGCACACAGAAUACUUCGACAUCACCACCCCCGCCGAACCCGUUUGCCGGGCUUUUCGGUCCCCCUCCCGCAGGUUCCGGCGGCCAACAGUCCGAUCCCCUCGCAGAGAUGUCCCGCAACCUAAUGCAGAACCCCGAAGCCAUGCGUGCAGCAAUGCAGAUGCUCGGCUCCAUGGGCGGCGGCAAUGCAGGAGGCUCACCAUUCGCGCCCUUCGGGCAGCCACCCUCAACCUCGACACCCGCAUCAGGAACCGGUAGUCCGCCCCCAGCGAAUCCUUUCGCAGCGUUAUUUGGCCCCGGAGGAGGAUUCGGUACCCCCCCGCCUCCGGAUAACAGACCGCCAGAGGAGGUGUACGAGGUGCAGUUGAGGCAGCUAAACGAGAUGGGCUUCUAUGAGUUCGAGCGGAACGUUGCGGCGCUGCGGAGGAGUGGCGGAAAUGUGCAGGGCGCGAUUGAGUACUUACUUGGGGGCGGUUCAUAGUGUGAGCACUGCGGCAAGGCGCGGGACCAGAAUACGUGAUCGCGUGGAUACUUCAGGCGACGAGCGAGAGAUGAGCGGACUCAUUGGAUAUCGAUCAUAGACACGCGCUUUACCCCGCGUUACUACAGGAUCGAUGGGUUUAUGGAUUUGGUACAGGGAUAUGGGAUAUCCGGUAUACCUUCAUACUUCAUUUACCGGAAGUCUUUGUACUACACGGCGCCCCAGGCUAUAAUAGUUCGGUAUGGGUAGGUAAAUAGAUGCCCCCAUUCAAUGGC